GUUUUAUUUUUGUAAUAUCAAUGAUUUUUCAGUUUUUUUGAGGAGACGCUGCCUCUCUUGCCUCCUCAGAGGAAACGCCCCUGUCUGAAAGGCUUAAAAGCUUAAUUUAUUGUGGUUUACAGUGUCUGGAGAAUCUGUAGAAACAGACUGAUAAUUAAUCCUGCCAAUGAAAUUUUCUCUCAUUUUAGUUUGUGAGGAUGAACCUAUGGAGAAACUGACAAAGGAAGUUGUGGGAGACGUAAAUAUAGAAGAACUGAGGAAACAUGCGGAUCAGAUCUCUAUUGACCGUGAGCAGUUACAUCCACGUCUGAUAGUUUCUGAGGACUGCAAAACAGUGAGAAACAAUCCAGAUUUUAAACACAAUAUAAAGGGAUUUAAAUAUAAUUUAUGUGUGUUUGGAGCUCAAAGAUUUACAUCUGGUCGUCAUUAUUGGGAGGUUUCACUGGCACAAGAAGAUACAGAUCCUAAAAACUGCUGGUUAAUUGGUGUGGUGAGACACAAACGUAAUCGUUCAAAAGACAAAUCUUUAACUCCAUCAAACGGUUUCUGGUUUCUGUGUUCAGACGGUCCUAAUGGCUUUUACACCAACUCUGAUCCUCCAGUUAAACUCUCACUGACGCCGAGACCUGAACGACUGGGAGUUCUGUUAGAUUAUGAUGGCGGUCAGCUGUCAUUUUACAAUGUCAAAGAGAAGAAACAUCUCCUGACCAUGAGCACCAGAUUCACUGGAUCAGUCGCUCCUCUGUUUAAUCCAGGUGUAGGAGAUCAGAGUUCGCUUACAAUUCUAGAUUGUCCAAAACCUGUAGAAUCACCUGUAGAGUCCAGUCAACCUUUACUGAUUAACAGCUCAGAUGCUUGACUGACCAAUCCAGUGUGUUCAAACAGAAUAAAGCACAGAUACUUACACUGACGUCUUUCCCUCUGACUCCAAAGAGUCCAGAUGUAAGUCAAACUCUUCUUUCCCACAUUCAUCUAGUGUCUGAGAACAGAGAUGAUGAAGUGUUUUUACAGUCCUUUACAGUCUUUCUUCAUCCUCUCUGUCACUAACACACAACCAGAAAAUCACAAAAAAUGAUGCUCAAAAAUAUUUGUAUUUCUUUAACUGUAUAUUGAUGGAGAAACAUGAUGUUUGAAAAUGUUUGAUGAAAAAUUCUAAAGGUGCCUUCUGAUAUUUAACAGAUGAUCGUAGUAAUUUGGGUUCUUAUUUUUCUUUUAUAAAACACUGUAACUGAUCAUUGAAUUGCACGUUGAUUUAUGUUCGUGUUCGUUUAAUAAAUUCACAAUGAUCUGAAAUGUAACGUCUGAUACAGAUGAGGCUGAUUCCACACAACAAGAUUGAGGAGUAAAUGAAACACACAUGGAGGAAAUAAUUUUAGCAUCAAGACAGCAUCAAUAGAAACAUUUUUGUAGUUGUAAAUAUUCUCAGAAUCAAAACACAAAAGCUCUGAUUUCCUGUUUAACAUUGGAAUGAAUGUUCCCUUACCUGCCUGUAGGUGGCGCUCUCUGCUUUCUGUGCCAGUCUGUAGCUGUAAAUAAGAGACACAUUCAGAUUGAUGUUACAGAUUUUCUCAGUCGCUUUGGUACAAAUUGACACAUUACUGUAUAUGGGAUACUGAUUGCACGUCACAGGAUAGGACUAUUUCACAGUAUAAUGUCAUUGUGAUAUAUAAAAGAAAAGAGAUGACUGUAUAUACAUACACAGUAUUUAUACAUGUGUUUGUGUGAUAUAGUCUGUAUAAAGUGUAUUUACUAGGCUAUAUACUGUAAAAUGCAAGUGUAAUAUGUUACUGUAAGUAUAAAAGUAAAAAAUGCUGUAACUGUAAAACAUAAAGGUUUACAGUAAUAUACAGUAUUAGAGUGCACAUUGUUGAAAUUCAUGCUUGUUCUGUCUAUGAAAUUCAUUGAAUGAUUGAGGAAAUGGUUGUUCUCCCAACAUUCACCUGCACCUUUCGACCCUCCUCAGCCAUAAGGUCAUGAUUGAGUACAUGAACCACAAUAGUGGCCCUUAUUUCAUCAGAAACAUGCCUACUUCCUUCACCUUAUCUUCCUCUUCCUCUGUAUUGCAUACUUUCCACCACACACCCUUACUCCUC